AUGACUGUAUCCAAGGAACACAUUGCUGGUGUCACUUGCUACGUGACUAUCGAUUAUGCCAAGGACAAAGUCAUCCUCCUACCGGAUGCCUUCGGGGUAAAAACCCCACAACAGCUCCUCGCUGAUGACUUGUCAGAAACGGCUUCAAGGUUUGCACAAACCAUAGAUAAAUCAUUGGACUUCUGGGGAUGGCUCGCCGCUACCGCCAAGGUCACCCGCCCGUCACUCGACAAGGUCAUCGUUGCCCUCAAAGGAAGGUGUUACCAAGUUUGGGGCCACGGGUCAUCGUUUUCUACGCAGUCAUUGUUUCCUCUUGACCUGAUGUGCACUGCAGGUCGUCACACUCUUAACCUCGCAUUCAACAACAUUACCCAAUGUGCCGUCGUCUCCCACCUCUCGCUUUUGAAUCUCCCCGACGACCUCGAGACAUACUUUUCUAAAUCAAAGCUCAAACAAAGGCCGAUGCGAUUUUUGGCGAUGGAAAGUUUGCUCCGGGAUACAGGCGCGAGUACUUUCCUAGAUGCACACAUGGGUCUAUUAUUCGAGCAAUCCACUGGUCAAGGCUGGGAAGGAAGGAUCGCCCCUGGCUAG